CCAGCCAGGACCUCAGGACCUGAUGGACGUUUACAACCAGGUCCUGAGGACAAGGCUGAAGACUCUUCUGAGACUGAAGUCAGUGAGGAUGAUUGGAUGGAGACCAGGGAAACUCAAACUGGUUUAAAUACGAGAAAUAACAAACUAAGUGAAAUGGGAUGUGAGACAGAAAAAAAAACGUUUAGUUGUUCUGAGUGUGGUAAAAGAUUUAGCAAAAGGAGCGAACUUAACAGACAUACUAGGAGUCAUACAGGAGAGAAACCGUUCAGUUGCUCUGAGUGUGGUAAAAGAUUUAGUGAAAGGGCGAAUCUAAAUAUACAUAUGAGGAUUCAUACAGGAGAGAAACCGUUUAGUUGCUCUGAGUGUGGUAAAAGAUUUAGCAAAGGGAGUGAUCUUAACAGACAUAUGAUGAUUCAUACAGGAGAGAAACCGUUCAGUUGCUCUGAGUGUGGUAAAAGAUUUAGUGAAAGGGCGAGUUUAAAUACACAUAUGAGGAUUCAUACAGGAGAGAAACCGUUUAGGUGCUCUGAGUGUGGUAAAAGAUUUAGUCAAAGUUGCGGUCUAAAUACACAUAAGAAGACUCAUACAGGAGAGAAACCGUUUAGUUGCUCUGAGUGUGGUAAAAGAUUUAGCCUAUCUUCCCUUCUAAAUAGACAUAAGAGGAGUCAUACAGGAGAGAAACCAUUUAGUUGCUCUGAGUGUGGUAAAAGAUUUAGUGACAGGGCGAGUCUAAAUAAACAUAUGAGGAUUCAUACAGGAGAGAAACCGUUCAGUUGCUCUGAGUGUGGUAAUAGAUUUAGACGUAGAGACAGUCUAAAUGAACAUAUGAGGAUUCAUACAGGAGAGAAACCGUUUAGUUGCUCUGAGUGUGAGAAACCGUUUAGUUGCUCUGAGUGUGGUAAUAGAUUUAGACGUAGGGACAGUCUAAAUACACAUAUGAGGAGUCAUACAGGAGAGAAACCGUUUAGUUGCUCUGAGUGUGGUAAACGAUUUAGCCAAAGGGGCAAUCUAAAUGAACAUAUGAGGAGUCAUACAGGAGAGAAACCGUUUAGUUGCUCUGUGUGUGGUAAACGAUUUAGUCAAAGAAGCAAUCUAAAAAGACAUAUGAGGAUUCGUACAGGAGAGAAAUCCUACAUUUGUUCUGAGUGUGGUAACAGAUUUAGCAAAAGGAGCGAUCUUAACAGACAUACUAGGAGUCAUACAGGAGAGAAACCGUUCAGUUGCUCUGAGUGUGGUAAAAGAUUUAACCAAGGGGGCAAUCUAAAUACACAUAUGAGGCUUCAUACAGGAGAGAAACCGUUUAGUUGCUCUGAGUGUGGUAAAAGAUUUAGCAAAAGGAGCAAUCUAAAUACACAUAUGAGGCUUCAUACAGGAGAGAAACCGUUUAGUUGCUCUGAGUGUGGUAACAGAUUUAGCCGUAAGGACAGUCUAAAUGCACAUAUGACGAUUCAUACAGGAGAGAAACCGUUAAGUUGCCCAGAGUGUGGUAAAAGAUUUAUCCAAAGCGGUACUCUAAAUAUACAUAUGAGGAUUCAUACAGGAGAGAAACCGUUUAGUUGCCCAGAGUGUGGUAAAAGAUUUAUUGAAAGGGCGAAUCUAAAUAUACAUAUGAGGAUUCAUACAGGAGAGAAACCGUUUAGUUGCUCUGAGUGUGGUAAAAGAUUUAGCCGAAGAGGCAGUCUAAAUACACAUAAGAAGACUCAUACAGGAGAGAAACCGUUUAGUUGCUCUGAGUGUGGUAAAAGAUUUAGCAAAAGGAGCGAUCUUAACAGACAUAUGAUGAUUCAUACACAAAAAAAACCGUUUAGUUGCUCUGAGUGUCGUAAAAGAUUUAGUCAAAGACACCAUCUAAAUACACAUAUGAGGAUUCAUACAGGAGAGAAACCGUUUAGUUGCUCUGAGUGUGGUAAAAGAUUUAGCCUAAGAUGCAAUCUAAAUUCACAUAUGAGGAUUCAUACAGGAGAGAAACCGUUUAGUUGCUCUGAGUGUGGUAAAAGAUUUAGCCUAAGAUGCAAUCUAAAUUCACAUAUGAGGAUUCAUACAGGAGAGAAACCGUUUAGUUGCUCUGAGUGUGGUAAAAAAUUUAUCCGAAGGAGCACUCUAAAUGAACAUAUGAUGAUUCAUACAGAAGAGAAACCGUUUAGUUGCUCUAAGUGUGGUAAACGAUUUAACAAUAGGAGCAUUCUAAAUAGACAUAAGAGGCUUCAUACAAGAGAGAAACAGUUUAGUUGCUCUGAGUGUGGGAAAAGAUUUAGUCGAAGGGACUGUCUAAAUAUACAUAUGAGGAGUCAUACAGGACAGAACCCGUUUAGUUGCUCUGAGUGUGGUACCAGAUUUAGCCGUAAGUCCGUUCUAAAUAGACAUAAGAUGAGUCAUACAGGAGAGUAA